CCAAAGCCACAGAGAAACCCUGUCUCCAAAAAAAAACAAAAAAAAAAAAAAUAAAAAUAAAAUAAAAUAAAAACCAGGCUUUCUAAGCUAACAUACAAACUAUCAGUUUCAUUGUGGCAUCUCAUACAUAAUUGUUCACGCCUCACGCUACCCACCUGCUUUCCUCCCUUCCUCAAGUUCUCCUGCUUCCUUUUCACAGGUAUUUUUUCCCCCUCUCCCUUCCUUAAGAUCUCUAUCCUCUUAUGAUCCUUUUCUAAUUUUCUGACCUAGAAACAGCACAUAUAUAAACACACAUAAUUGCAGUAUUUAUUUAUUUACUUAUUUAUUUAUUUUUGUUUUUUCGGGGCAGGGUUUCUCUGUGUAGCUUUGGAGCCUGUGCUGGAACUUGCUCUGUAGACCAGGCUGACCACAAAUUCACAGAGAUCCACUUGUUUCUUUGAGUGCUAGGGUUAAAGGUGUGUCUCCCUUUCUAAUACCAGGGAACAUCUAUAAUUAUAAAAGUAACACUCUGUCCUUUCAGUUUAUGUCAUGUAAAUUACUUGUAAGUAAUUUACAAGUAAUUUACCAAGGUAAGUUGAGUGGAUUUAGUUUCCUUUUUUUUUUGUUUAUGAAAAAAUACUGUGAUGGAAUAGCUAAAAUCGUUAGGUUAGAACUGGUAGUCUAGGAUUCUGAAUGCUUUCACCUUCUACUGUUUGUCUUUCUGUCUCUAUGUCCCUACUUACUGUAUAUCAUUGUAAGAUGGUAUCUUUUUUUUUCAAAGCAGAGCUUACUUAUUACUGAUCUGAUCUGAGAAAUUUUUGUUCAGUGUACAGUGAUUUAAUGUACCAAUCUCUAAAAUUUAUUAUACUUUGGAGAAUCACGGGCUGUUUGCCAUCUUAUGUCUUAGGCUAUUUCUUACUCUCACAUGUUGAUCAUCUGUGUUUGUGAUUAGUGGAAGUGAGUUUGUGAAACCUGUCUUUGAUCAAAUAUGGUUUUUCCACAUGGAUUGCUUACUUAAUCUUUCUUGGUUUUUGGGUUACUUGUACCAGAGAGAGACAGUUCUAGGCUUUCAGUACCAAUUCACAGAAAGCUAAAACAUGCAUGUUAGCUGAUGUUAUUUGGGAAGCAAUGCGUGGUUGUUUAAAGUCAUAGUACAAAUGCUGGUUUAAGGUUUUCAUAUCUAUAGUUGGAUAGAGUGAAAUAUGAAGUGAUGUUUAAAAUCUUGAUGAUCUGAAAGGAUUGGCUCCUCUUCUGCUCAUCUGCCUACAGUGUCCUUAAGGAGUCAAUACCAGGUGUCCAGUGCUAACUUGUCCCGUGGUUCCUUUAUCUAGUCAUAGAUCUAUGGUUUCUUUUAUUAACAGAAUUCUGCUUGGUCAGAGUCGCGAUGGCAUCGUGUUCAGCACUGAUGACUAUUUUCAUCAUCAAGAUGGGUACAGGUACAAUGUUAAUCAACUUGGUGAUGCCCAUGACUGGAACCAGAGCAGAGGUUUGUUUUGGGCCAAGACUCCUGGGAUGGAGUAUUGAGUCAUACCUGGGUUUUAUUUUGACUUAGACUUUUACUGGCUGAGUGACUUUGACAGAGUGUUAAUAACCUGGAGUCCAAUUUCUUCUUAUGUAAGACAUGAUAGUAAUUAUAUUUGCCAUCUCAGGUAAAGAUUGUGAGAAUCAGUGAACUUAGAUAAAGUGGGAUGAACUGUAGACAGUAUACCAAUAUAAGCUGAUAAAAUACAGGUGGGGGACAUUUUGUUUUAUUUUAUUUUAUUUUAUUUUGGAUUUUCGAGACAGGGUUUCUCCGUAGCUUUUGGUUCCUAUCCUGGAACUAGCUCUUGUAGACCAGGCUGGCCUCAAACUCACAGAGAUCCGCCUGCCUCUGCCUCCCGAGUGCUGGGAUUAAAGACGUGUGCCACCACCGCCCGGCCAGUGGGGGACAUUUUAAUAUGCUUUCUUUUUUACACUUUAUGAAUAAUUCUAAGAACUCUGAUACUUUUGUAUUCUGAAAGCCGUUUGCACCCCAUAUGAUACUAAUGUCUUUAAAUCUUAAUAACAUGCCUGUAUUAGUUUUCCUCAUUGGUACUGUUAUGAGAACUUUAUCAGAUACUUCAGUUUUAGAAUACAUGGGUCAGUUUCUUUCCAUCAUAAAUAGUGAUCUCAAUCCUGAUAGACUAUUUGAGUCAGGUGGGAAUCCUCCCCUCUUUUAAAAAGGGUUCGACCUUGCUCAGCCCUAGGAAUUCGGCUUCCAUUUGGUUUAGAAUGAGGACUAAAAACUGGACCUUUGCGGAGCAGUCACACAUGCCUUUAAUUCCAGCACUGGGAGGCAGAGGCAGGCGGAUCUCUGUUCGAGGCCAGCCUGGUCUAUAAGAGCUAGUUCUAGGACAGCUAGGAUUGUUAUACAGAGAAACCCUGUCUCGAAAAAACAACCCCCCCCCCCAAAAAAAAGUGGGCCUUUAAAAUAUUUUCAUUAAAAAUAUUUUUGAUGUAUAAAGGUGUUUUACUUGGAUAUAGAUCCCUGUAACUGGAGUUACAAGCAAUUGUGAACCACCAUGUGGGUGCAGGGACUUAAACCUGCAUUCCCCAGAAGAGCAGUGAGUUCUCUAACAGAUGAGCCAUCUCUCUAGCUCCAGUUUUGUGUGUGUGUGUGUGUGUGUGUGUGUGUGUUAAUUUAGAUCUAGAACUAUCUAAAAAUGACAUUUGCUCUAAAUUACUUUUAAAAACCUACUUUUGGGGGCUGAAGAAAUAGCUCAGUGGUUAAGAACACUGCCUGUUCUGCCAGAGGACCAGGGUUCAGUUCCCAGCACCCACAUGACAGCUCACAACUGUCUGCCAUCCAUCACCAAGUGAUUUCACACCCUCAUAUAGAGAUGUGUAGGCAAAACACAAACGCACAUAAAAUAAAAUAAAUCAUUUAAGAAGAAAAAAGAACAUAGUUUUGGGUUGAUAACAUGGUUCGGUGAGUAAAGUAUUAACUAGUCUCUAGGAUCUGCCAUUCUUAAACGUACCUUCAGUAAGUUACUCCUUGGUGCUGAGACCCAAUACCCAGCACGAAGCAAUUUAAAGACAGUCUUAUUUUGUCUCACAGUUUAAGAAGGGAUGCGUGGCAGGGAAGGCCUCACAGGAACACAAUGCAACUGGUCACAGAGUAUGGACUGUAUAAGUUAAAGGACCCAUUUCUUCCAGCCUUGCCCCACCUCAUAACGGUACCUCAGCCUUCCAGAAUGGUGUUACUACCAGUAGGGGAUUGAUUGUUUGAAUAUGUGAGCCCAUGGGGGGCAUUCCCCCUUCACAGCAUAAACAAGUACACCCAUCCAAUCCUUUGACAUUGCAACACAACCCUGUUCUUUGCAAUGUUCAGUCUAGUUACCAAAACAAAACACCAAACUUGCGAAAAGUAAAUCUCAUGUGUUUUUUUUUUAAAUAUUUAUUUAUUUAUUAUAUACACAAUAUUCUGUCUGAGUGUAUACCUGCAGGCCAGAAGAGGGCACCCGACCUCAUUACAGAUGGUUGUGAGCCACCAUGUGGUUGCUGGGAAUUGAACUCAGGACCUUUGGAAAAGCAGGCAAUGCUCUUAACCACUGAGCCAUCU